GCCGACGAGCAACGUGUUCGCCGUCAGACUCGGAAAAGGGCGGCGGCGCCGGCGAGCAGUAGCGGGCGCAGAUGGAGGGCGGCGAGCAGGAGGAGGAGACGUCAGCGAAGCGCCGGGAGCGCCUCCUCGCGCUCCGCUCCUCCGCCGCCACCGCUACCGCCGCGGCAGCCGGCUCCUCGCCGUCCGCCGCGCCGCCACCGGCGGGGGCGGCCGCGUGGGAUCUCCCGGUGCCCGACCUGGUGAACGACCCCGCCGCCGCCGCCUCGCUCCCGCCUCCGCGGUUUGACUACUACACCAACCCCGCCGCCGCCUUCGCCUCCUCGUCCGCCGCCUCCCAUAAGCGGAAGGUCCCCGACUUCCGGGCUCCGGCCCCGCCCUACGGAUCAGGGAAUUACGGAAGUGGUUAUUACCCUCCACACCAGCACCAUAUGGCCCCAUCGCCAACUCACUCUCCAUCCCCGAUGGCCUAUGAUUCACUGGUGGGCAAUCACUGUCGUACAACGCAGUUCCGGACUCCAAUGUCAGGACUCCGAGGACCUCCUCUUGGUGCUCCUCCACCCUUCGCCUUCGGCCCAUAUUCUGCUCCUCCAUCUCAAGGUCCUUAUCCACAUUCACCAAGCUUUGCACACAGAAACUCUAAUCCUGGCCAAGAUAGUGGUGGCCGAAUGAACUAUGGACCCAGAGGUGGUCCAUACUCACAUCAUGGAAGAGGGAGGGGCCAGAACUACCAUGGCAGCCCAGGAUCAACGGGAAGAGGACAAAGGGGUGGCUCAGGCUUACAAAACUUUUCUGCAUCGCGAGGUCAAAGAAGCUAUUACAACAAAAGCAUGAUUGAUGAUCCAUGGCGGGAUUUGCAACCAGUUGUUGGCAACAUACUGAUACCUAGGGAUGGAUCCAAGUCAUGGCUUCCAAACUCGUUGCGUGCGAAGAAGGAUACAUCUGAUCGAGGCCAAAUUAAGUCGACACCAUCAGGAUUGAGCUUGGCAGAGUACCUUGACUUGUCCUUCAACGAGGCUUCUAAUGAUACGUAGGCCUUUGUAUUGUUAAAGAUGCUGUUGUUCUCGGUAGCGUUUGGCGCUAUCGGUGUUUCACUUCGAAUAUGUUUGUCUUACAUUUUCAAUGCUUUCAUUGGCCUAGGGUACAGACCUGCAAGAGGGUUACGGAUGUCCUGGUGUGUAUUUGCUAGUACCGUUUAUGAAAUUCUUGUCG